CCGCUGCUCGCUUGGCUUGUGGGCGCUUGUGCGCUUGUUUUACGGCUCGGUUCCUGUUGGCCUUGUGCUGUGGACUGUGCUGUGGACUGGGGAUUGGGGACUUGCAAGCCGUCGGUUAAACUCUGCAACCUUGUGUGCUUGUGUUCCUUGUGUUGCCUGUGCUUGUGCUUGUGUGCAGACGACAGAGCGCAACCGGCAUGGUCCUGUUUUUCACUUCUACCGCGGUCAACCCGCCCGCGACGAUCUACAUGGGGAAAGACAAGGUCGAGAAUGAGGACCUGAUCAAGUACGGCACUCCGCAGGAUGUGUGGUUCCACGUGGAUAAGCUCUCCUCUGCUCAUGUGUACCUCCGGUUGGGGGAGGGGAUGUCCUGGGAGGAGAUACCCGAGGCGCUGCUGAAGGACUGUGCCCAGCUUGUUAAGGCGAACUCUAUUCAGGGGAAUAAGUUGAAUGACCAGACGAUUAUCUAUACCCCGUGGGAUAACAUUAAGAAAUCGGGGGAUAUGGCCGUUGGGCAGGUAUCGUUCCACCAGCCUAAGCGGGUUAAACGAGUGCACGUCGCUGCCCGGGAGAACGCUAUCGUGAACAGGCUGAAUAAGACAAAGGUCGAGAGGGAGGUGGACCACGAGGCUGAGAGACAGGCUAGGUUGAGGGUCGAGGGCCAGGCAAGGAAGGCCGCUGCUCAAGAGAAAAAGAAGCAGGAAGCGGAACUGGCGAAGACCCGGGCUGAGGAGAAACAAGCUAAGAGCUAUGAUACGUUGUUUACGGAGGAAGCGGGGUAUGGUGUGGAUAAGGAGGGGUAUGACCCAGAGGAAGAUUUUAUGUAAACUUGGGAGUGUAUGGAGCAGCGUGACGGGGGAUCCGGAGCGCGGGAAGGGAAGAGGGAAUGGAUGCGGAUCCGGCCGAAAGGUGGAUCGAGGAAAGAUGAGGAAUUUAGAGAGUUGUUUAGGAUCGUAUUUAUUUUUCCGCUG